AUGUCGUCUUUGCUUGCCAAGUUCCAGAUACCGGUUGAGUUGCACAAGGAGUUGUCUGCGUUCAGCCCAAGUGAGUUCGGUAUGGUGGCUACUUCCUUGACGGCUUUGGACGAUUUUCUGAAUGAUCUGCCCUACGCUGUUGAUGGCAAUCUGGCUUUGACCAAGGCCCGAAUUCGUCUUUUGUGGAAGCACUGCCAGCCGGACCCUGUGACCUCUUCUCCGGCAACUGCGCCUGUCGCUCCGGCCUCUUCUGCGACUGCAGCGGAUUCGGACUGGACUCAUGUCUUUCCGAAAAAGCUAUCGGUGGAGCAGGUGCGUUUGAUGAAGGCUCGUUUUGUCACUCGAUAUCCGUCCGAGCCUUUGGCGCCUGAUACGAUGCCAGGGCCCAGACUACUGGCAGUUGUUGCCAAGCAGCUGUCCGAGAAGUCAUGGAGGCAUGUGCCUUGGAAAAUUAGGCUUAGUGAAGAGCAAUACGAGCAACGAAUGGCCGAGCGACCGCAUAAGGCUCACAUGUCCAAGUCGGUCAUGUCGGAGGUUCUUGAACUGCACAGUACGGCGAUCGCUCUCUGUGGAGGGGCACACCUUCACACCUUGCGUGAUCUGAAUCGCAGGUUCUUGGCCCGGGCAUUUGAACGCUACUCCAGUGAGUCUGGGCUUCGUGCACCGUCCUGGCAGGAAUCCUUGAUUGCAGAUCAGAAGCUGUGGACGAGUGUUGCUACCCUCAUGAAUGAUGACGGGUGGACCAUGGAAGCUGCCUUGAGGGAGGUCGUGGUCGUGCGCAAUGAGGGGAAGGAAAAGGGAAGAGGCAAGUACCGCGAUGAGAAGGGUGCUGGCAGGGGUGGCGGCAAGCCUGGUGUGCGCGUGGGCACGUUUUAUAGAAAGGCUGUGAGCGCAGUCGGUGCAUCUCCGUUUGACUCCAGCCUUAGUGUGGAAGAGUUGGCGGCAGCCAUAUCUGAGCCCUCAGCUCAGGAUCUCCUUGCGUUAGUGAAUCGAUUGCCAUCGGAGGAUAUUCCGCAGCUGGCCUUCUCGCCGGGUCAUCGUGCGGUGCUGGCGGUGUAUUCCCCAGCUGGCUUCGAGUUUUUGCAGCCUGCGGACCAGGUAUCUUUGCCUCCAUCUCCUUCUGUGCGGCCCGCUGAUACGCCGGUGCUCUCGACAGACGUGUCCGACGAGGCAGACACGAGUCGAGCUAUCCUGCUACGAUGUGUGCAGAUCCUGCGUGCAGUUUUUGUGACUGGUGGUCACGUGACCUUUGAACAGCCUCGCAACAGUCUUGCCUGGCAAGAAGACUUCGUUCCGCCCUUUUUGCAGGAGGUCGAGGCCGACCUUGUGGUCAUUGCUGGCUGCAAAUUUGGAAUGCAGGCCUACAAGCAUUGGCUGUUUGCUUCGACGGUGCGGCCUCUUCAGCAGCUUCAGGGUGAAUGCCCCCAUGAGCGCGAUGCGCAUCCCUCGCUUGGCAAUGUCCGAGAUGGGCAGCGGUUGCAGGAAACGGCUAUGUUUCCGUCCGAGCUGGCUGAUCAGUGUGCUGAAAUCUGUUUGGAUUUGUUUGAGGUGGGAGCGACUCCGGAGCACCCCCAGUUUCUGAAUUUGCCUGCUGCUUUGAAACUCUUGCCUGCAAGGCCACGUCAUGAUUUCCUUCGUGCUUCCCAAGAUGGGGCUGGCAUCUAUAGUGUGCCGGACUGGAGUACUCCUCAAGAUGGUUUCACAGAUGACUUCCGCGAACUCCGUCAUGACUUGUUUGCUUUUUUCCAGGAGUCGGACCUGAUUCCGCGCUUGCGGGCUCAUGUGGCCCAACAGAAAGAUGAGCCGUUGCUAAGUUCUGUUGAGGUCGAGCGUGUGCGCCGCACUUGGGAGGCGUUGCACCAGUUGUCCAUGGUUACAAAGGAUCGUGACAAAUCGCUUUGGGAAAAUCUUAAGAAAGGAGUUCCUCUUGGAAUCUCGGGUGAUAUUCCGCCUAGCAAUUGUUUCUUGCCGGUUCAGGGUGAUUGGGAUGAACGGGAUAUCGAGCUUCAAGUGUGCAGUGGAAACUGGCCGGGAGCCACGCAGGCCCCCGAGCUCCUGGAAUCCCUCAUUCAGGAUGAGCUUGACGCGGGGUAUUUGAUACCCAUGCCCAGUCUUGAAGCUGCUCGUCAACGUUGGCCUCGCGUGGCGGUGGGCAAGCUGAAUGUUAUUCAGGCCCCGGGAAAGAGGCCUCGGCUCAUCAAGGAUCCCUCCAUCAGCGGGGUGAAUGGUUCUUGUUUCGUGCCCGAAAAAUUUUCUUUGCCUACCUUGGAAGACCUUCGUUUGUCGUCGCCGCUUCGGGGCGAUAGGGAGACGCCGGAUGGUGUGUCGAUAGACAUUACCGCUGCUCAUAAGACGGUCCGAGUUCGACCUUCGGAAAUGGGUUUGUUGGGCGUGCAAGCCCAUGGCAAGUUGUAUUUUUAUACUGUCACACCGUUUGGUGGGGCUUUCAGCGCCCUGUGGUGGGCGCGCCUGUCCGGAUUUCUGAUUCGGACAGGGUCGAAUUUUUCGGUCAGUGACGUGGUAUGGCAGAGACUACGCGAGUUCCUAGAUGAUCGACUUCGCUUCAAAACGUGUCCGCCUGGCACGUCCAUCACACCAGGAUCCCAGUUGCUAUCUGCACGUCAUGUCAACCUGGAACGUUUGGAUGACCUUCGCUUGGUAAAGCAGACCGGGCGCCGAAUGUGGAUGCGGGUUGCAGAUCUUGGGUCGUCCAAGAGAAGACUGUCGGAGCAAUCCCGCAAGUUUCUCCUCUUUUGGUUGAAGUGGUGCACUCGCCCUCAAAUGUUUUUUCCUUUGGCAAAGCCACGAUUCAACUAUGAUGUGGAGGCAGCAGCAGAUGCUUGCGCGCAUGGAGAUUGCAUUGGCAUUGGGGGCUGGGUGCGAGUCCCAGGGCAGGAUCCGCUCUGGUUUUCUGAGAGGUUUCGGGUUGAGGACUUUCGCCAGUUAAAGGUGCCCGUUCGGGAUGAUGCUCAGUCUGACAUUGUUUCGUAUGAAACGCUUGCGCAGGUGGCCUUGAUUUUAUGUUAUGCAUCCCUUUGCCGCGGAGGGCGUGUGUGUGUACGCUUGCCAUCGCUCACGGACAACUCGGGUACCGAGUCCGUGGCGUCGAAACUUUUCUCCACAAUCUCUCCGCUUUGCUUCUUUUUGCAGCAGCUAGCCAUGGUCUCAUGGUCACAUGCAGUUUCUUUGGACACCAGUCACAUUUGUGGCAACAAAAAUGUGGAUGCAGAUUUGUUGAGCCGCUGGGACGGGUGCGCCGCGCUGCCUCCGGAGUGGAAGAUGGAAUAUCGUGUAUCUUGCGCGCUGCCCAUCUUGUGGCAUCAGGAAAGAGACGUGAGGCUCUUUCCGCCUGAAGCGAGGUUGCUAUGGCAGCCCCCCUUGGGCGACUCGCGUGCUGCUACGCUCUCCUGA